AGCGCCUCAGCCACUUCCCUGAAGGCCGCAGUGCGCAAGCGCGCAACAUCUCCGCUUUUCCCUCAGCCCCUUCCCCCCCUUCGCUCCUUUCCCCUUCACGAAGCCGGCUCUGGGGCGCUCUCGCCCUGUAAGGAGGCCGGAGGCCAGACUCGGGUGGCGCCCUCCACUCCCACAAGACCAUGUACCACCCCAGCCGGGGGGCGGCCCGGCGUCUCGGGCCUUGCCUCCGCGCGUACCAGGCGCGACCCCAGGACCAGCUCUCCCCGCGGACCCUCCCGCUCCUAGCCCUUUGGCCCCACUCCGCAGCAACUACUUCCCCACCGCGUCCUCGGCUCAGGCCCCCCGCCCCGCGCUGCGCCCCCGUCCGCUGCCCUCCCGCUAGGCCGCUUCCCCCAGCUGCCCCGCUGCCUCUGCCCCAGCUCCAGGUGCUCGCCUCACCCUGGCUGGUUAUCCCGCCGGGCAGCGGGGAGGAGGGUCCGGGGCCCGAGCUGCACAGCGGCUGCCUGGAUGGGCUCAGGAGCCUUUUUGAGGGACCCCCCUGCCCCCGCCCCGGAGCCUUGAUACCUUUCCAAGCCCGCGGGGCCGCGCACCCUUGCCCCGCCGCGCCGUCGGGAGACCCUGGCAUGGAGGAGCAUCUGGCGCUCAUGCACGAGAGGCUGAGGCAGGAGCUUCCCACCCUCUUCCUGCACUCUCACGACUACUCUCUGUACUCCUUGGACGUGGAAUUCAUCAACGAGAUCCUCAAUAUCCGCACCAAGGGCCGGACGUGGUACAUUCUGUCGUUGACCCUCUGCCGCUUCCUGGCCUGGAACUACUUUGCACAGCUGCGGCUGGAGGUUCUGCAGCUGACUCGCCACCCAGAGAACUGGACACUGCAGGCCCGGUGGCGGCUGGUAGGACUGCCCAUCCAUACACUGCUCCUGCGUUUCUACAAGCGGGACAAAGAGGAGCUGUACCGGACCUACGAUGCCUAUUCCACCUUCUAUCUGAAUCCCGAGGGCCUCAUUUGUCGCCAUCACCUGGACAAGCUGAUGCCCUCGCCCUCGCCAAGCGCACCUGUGAAAAAGCUGCUGGUUGGAGCCCUGGCGGUGCUCGGGCUAUCGGAGCCAGAACCCAGCCUGCACGCGUGCCCCAAGGCCUGAGCUGGCCCGCAAGUACUGUGAGCUGGACCCUGCUGCAGUGCUCUGUUGCAGUGCUCUCUGGGUCCUGAAGAUUCCAUACAGUGUUCCAAAAAUACUUCUAUUUAAUAGAUAUUAAAGUAAUUACAAAAGAA